GACUCAGACUCCACCGGGACGAAGGGCAGGGUCACAGCCCUUAGAGUGCCAAUGGGCCAAAGAACGUGCUCUCAGCCUGCAAGUCAUCCAGGAGUUCUGGGUCCUGCUGAACGCACCUCCGGAGCCCCAUGUGGCUUAGAAUGCAAAGCGCUGGCCAACGUUGAGAGACUGGAUCCUGGACAUCGCCCCAUCUGCCUCUCUGCCUGGAAGGAGAGAAUCAGCCUGCUGAGGGAGACGGGGUACCCACUUUCUAGAAGCUUUGCAUAUUUCUGGCUUGUGGGCCUGACUUCAUCUUCGAAGCCACCGGAGUCUUCCUCACUUUACCACUCUUCCUGUCUCCCUCUCCUCCGUUUAAAGACAUGCGGAUUACAUCGCGCAGAAGCUCCCUGGUGGUCAUUCUCUAAAAUGAACGACCUGAGCUCUUCACACCAACGGGCUGAGCGCGGUCACACAGUAGGCCCUCGAAAACAGACAUGGCCCCAGACCGUGAGUGGUGAGGUCUGGCUCCACGCUCCACGGCCGCGUCUGACUCCGAAGUCCACGGGCUCCUGCUCCCACACCAGGGGCCUUGCAAGCAGCCGUCCACAGGCUCCUGCAGAGGACUGUUUUCUCAUGAUGCAAGUUUUAUCUGCUUUGAGUUCCGUCAUGAAUAAGUGGCUUCUAUCAACAAGAAGCUGAACGUACAAAAUCAGGCCUGAGCGACAUUUCCUCUCCUUCCCCCAUGGCGGAGCUGGCCCUGGGCAGAGCUGGCCCAAGGGAGGUGGCCUGAGCCUGAGGGAGGAGGCCAGAGCCCUCACACUCAGGGAGGUACAAAUACAGCAAUUCGUUUC